CACUUCCUGUUUCCCUCUCCACACGUGUGUUUGUGUGGCGAGAACCUCAGGAACCUCUACAGAACCUUAGCCCGUUACAGAACCAGAACCCGGUCCUCAACCAUGCUGCAGGACCUGGGUCUCAUCGGGACCCUCCGGGACGAGGACCUGAGCCCAGAGGAGCCCGACACCGAGUCCGAGCCGGAGGAUGAGCCGAUCAUCCUCAACAGGAAGAAGAAGUUGGGCCGCCGCGGGGUGAAAGACUUCAACACAGACUUUGAGUUCGGAGAGCGAGACCUGAAUGACGAUGACAGCUGGGUGAUGGCCGACGUCAUGAAGCAGAUCAAGAUCAAGAGAACCGCGACCACUCUGGACCAGAAAAUAGACAAAAUCAGGAAGAAGAGGAAAGCUGAGGAGAAAUCAUCUGAGGGUGACGGUACCGAGGGUUCUGCAGAGAAGAACCAGGAGGAGAGAGCAGACGAGGAGGAAGAGGAGGAUGUGAAGCCUGCUGCCGGAGAGGAGGAAGAGGAGGACGAUGUCGAGGACGAGGAGGAUGAGUUUGAUUCGAGUGAUGAGCAGAUUCUGACCCAAUCAGACACCCUGAGAGACAAAGAGCGCCGGGGGAGGAAGAGGAAGAUAGAAGAGGGGGCUCCGCAGUCGUACUCGGGAGACGCGUCGCAGUUCGACGAUCAGUUGACCUUCGAAGACAUGAACCUAUCCCGACCGAUCCUGAAGGCCAUCACUGCUCUGGGGUUCAAGGUGCCGACUCCCAUCCAGCAGGCCUGCGUCCCAGUGGGACUGCUGGGCCGCGACCUGUGCGCCUGUGCUGCUACUGGGACAGGGAAGACGGCUGCCUUCGUCUUGCCGGUGUUGGAGCGCUUGAUUUAUAAGCCCAGGACGUCCCAGGUGACCCGGGUCUUGGUUCUGGUUCCUACCAGAGAGUUGGGGAUCCAGGUUCACUCUGUGGCCCGGCAGCUGGCCCAGUUCAGCUCCAUCACCACCUGCCUGGCUGUCGGUGGGCUGGACCUGAAGUCUCAGGAGGCUGCGCUGAGGGCGGGGCCAGAUAUUCUGAUAGCUACACCUGGGCGUCUGAUCGACCAUCUUCACAACACACCCACCUUUGAGCUUACUCACAUCGAGAUCCUGAUCCUGGAUGAGGCUGACAGAAUGCUGGACGAGUACUUCGAGGAGCAGAUGAAGGAAAUCAUCCGACUGUGUGCCUACAACCGACAGACCAUGCUGUUCUCCGCCACCAUGACCGAGGAGGUGAAAGAACUGGCGGCGGUCUCGUUGAAGCAGCCAAUCAGGAUCUUCGUUAACAGCAACACUGACGUCGCUCCGUUUCUCCGACAAGAGUUCGUCCGAAUCCGACAAAACCGAGAGGGAGACAGAGAGGCCGUGGUGGCUGCCCUGCUGACCCGGACCUUCCAGGACCACGUGAUGUGUUUCACGCAGACGAGGAAGCAGGCGCACCGACUGCACAUCCUGCUGGGGCUGAUGGGCCUGAAGGUCGGAGAACUGCACGGAGAACUGAGCCAGAGCCAGAGACUGGAGAACCUCAGGCGGUUUAAAGACGAUCAGAUUGACAUCUUGGUGGCGACAGAUGUAGCAGCCCGCGGUCUGGACAUCGAUGGAGUGAAAACGGUGAUAAACUUCACCAUGCCGUCCACAGUGAAGCACUACGUCCAUCGUGUGGGACGGACGGCCAGAGCCGGGCGCUCCGGACGCUCCGUGUCUCUGGUGGGGGAGUCCGAGAGGAGGAUCCUGAAGGAGGUCGUCAAGUCCGCCAAGAACAGCGUGAAGGCCCGGGUCCUGCCGACAGACGUCAUCCUGAAGUUCAGAGACGUGAUCACUAAGCUGGAGAAGGACGUGGAGGCGGUGGUGAGGCUGGAGAGAGAGGAGCGGGAGUUCGCUGCAUCUGAGGCCAAGCUGAGCGUGGCUCAGAAGCGUCUGGAAGGCUCUUCCACCGCCGACUCUCAGAGGGUCUGGUUCCAGACUCAGCAGGAGAGGAAACAGAGCCGGGUGUCGAAGGCUCUGCAGGAGUUCGAUCUGGCUCUGAGGGGGAAGAAGAAGAGACAGAAGUUCCUGCAGGAAGGCAAGAGGAAGGAUCCCACGGCGGAGGAACGCGCUCAGUUCGAGAUCCUGAAGGCUCAGAUGUUCGCUGAGCGAGCGGCGAAGAGAGACCGGAGGCCGAAGAGAGCGAGGGCGAUGGCGGAGGAGGAGGCGGCGCCGAGGAAAGCAACCAAUCAGAAAGGAGGAAAAGGAGGGAAGCAGUCUGUGUUCGACAAAGAGCUGACCAACACCAGCAGCAAGGCUCUGAAGCACUACAGAGCAGGACCGUCCUUCGAGGACAGGAAACGCCUGGGUUUGGACAAGAAGCGUCCGGGGGGCUCCAGGUUCAACAACAAGAAGAAGAAGUGAUAAGAGCCAAGAUGGCCGUCUGCAUCAGCAGUCUCCACGUUGUCUCUGUGUUCACUGUGUAUAUCUUUCCCUUUGUUUUGUUCAUCAAAGAUCUUUUAAAUAAAGUUGCCGCAUAAAA